GAGAGAUGGAUGGAGAAACAACAAGGAAGGAAUUCACAAAAUACACACAUGCACAUACAAGUGGGGUCAAAGUGCGAGACUUUAUUGUGUGUGUGAGUGUGUGUGUGUUAAAGUCACACUGGUUACAGUGCACUGAGGUAGUAAAGGUCAGGAGGGUUCUGAGCAAUCCCAGCGGUGGUGACGACGACGCACGAGCUGGAUGACACGGUGAGGUCCGUCAAGCACGCACAGACACACACAGACAGUGAUUAUGUCUUUGUUUGUCUAGAUGUGUUCCUGCUGCGCCUCGUCCUUCAGCCGCCUGAGGAGCAGAUGUCCUCGACCUCGUGGAAUUAUCAACCAGAUCGUCACCAAAGCAUAUAUGUUGGCGCUGCUCUUUGGUGCAGUGUGGUCAGUAACAGGGACAGAAUGUUUGCCGGGAGGGCGAGUGUUCGGUGUGGUCAUCAUCUUCAUCAGCGCAGUGUUGGGGGGGCGACUAGUCGGGAUGGUUCAGUUUCCUGGCUUGCCCCCCAUCCCGCCACUGCUUGGCAUGCUCCUGGCCGGCCUGAUCCUGAGGAACGUUCCCUACGUGACAGACGCCGUCUACGUGGACGCUGCCUGGUCCGCGGCUUUGAGGAGCAUGGCGCUGUCCAUCAUCCUGGCCCGAGCCGGUCUGGGUCUUGACCCCUCGGCGCUGCGCCGGCUGAAGGCCGUGUGCCUACGUGUGGCGGUCGGGCCCUGUGUCAUGGAGGCGUGCGUGGUUGCCGUGGUUUCUCACUUCCUGUUGGCUCUGCCGUGGGGGUGGGGAUUCCUGCUGGGGUUUGUCCUGGCUGCGGUGUCUCCGGCGGUGGUGGUUCCGUCUAUGUUGCUCCUCCAGAAGGAAGGUUAUGGACGCGAGAAGGGCAUCCCGACACUUCUGAUGGCUGCUGGCAGCUUUGACGACAUUUUGGCCAUCACGGGGUUCUCUACGUGUCUGGGCGUGGCAUUCUCCACAGGUUCCACAUGGAUGAGCAUCCUGAAGGGUCUCCUGGAGGUGGUUGGUGGAGUGGUGGGCGGGAUCCUUGUGGGCAUCUUCUUGUGUUUCUUCCCCAGCGUGGAUCAGGAGGACGUGGUGGCGACCAGGAGCUUCCUCCUGUUGGCCUUCUCCAUCUUUGCCGUCUUCUUCACUCAAGUGGUGGGCGCCUCUGGGGCUGGUGGCCUCUGCACCUUGGUUCUGGCCUUCCUGGCCGCGCUAGGUUGGCGCGCUGACAAGGCGGGCGUGGCGGCCAUAUUAGGGAGGUGCUGGGAUGUGUUCCAGCCCCUCCUCUUCGGCCUGAUUGGAGCAGAGAUUGUCAUAACGACGCUGAGCCUCAGCACUGUGGGUUUGGGUGUGGCUGUCAUCACCAUCGGUCUGGUGGUGCGACUGGUCACCACCUUCGCGCUGGUGCACGGUGCGGGCUUUGUGCUCAAGGAGAAACUCUUCAUUGCUAUCGCCUGGAUGCCCAAAGCCACCGUGCAGGCGGCCAUCGGCUCAACGGCGUUGGACACGGCGAGAGAUACGAAUGACGAGACGUUGGUGAAGUUUGGUUUGGACGUGCUAACGUUAGCCGUGUUAGCCAUCUUGAUCACCGCGCCCAUCGGAGCGCUGAGCAUCGGCCUGACAGGACCACGUCUCCUGAGCCGGCAGGUCAAAGUACCGGAGGCAGUGGGCGGAGUACCAUCUCCGGCUGGCCAAGGCGAAGACCCUGUGAUUUUGGAGAGCAGGCUGUGAUGACCUUUAACCCCAAAAAAUACAAACAAAAUUAAAAAGAUAAUGUUAGACCUUA